CCAGACGCCUGCCAGUCUCCAAAAGAGGCGGGACGAGCGCGCUGAAUAUAAGGAAAUGUGUUUGUUUUAAGAUUACAUGGUUUAAUUUCACCUGUAAUAGCGUGACAUUGGUUGGAGGGAUUACCUGCUUUGAGACGAUGGCGAGAGCUCUGUUUGCCCUCACGGUCUUUGUUUUAGUCAGUUUUAUUACGGACGCUUUGGACAAUGGUUUGGCACUGACUCCUACAAUGGGCUGGCUGCACUGGGAGAGAUUCAUGUGCAAUACCGACUGUAAAACCGACCCCGACAACUGCAUCAGUGAGCGUCUGUACAUGCAGAUGGCAGAUGUGAUGGUGAAGGAGGGCUGGAAGGACGCUGGGUAUGAGUAUGUGUGCAUAGAUGACUGUUGGCCCUCCUACCAACGUGAUGCUCAGGGCCGGCUGCAGGCGGACCCAGUCAGGUUCCCCAGUGGAAUCAAGAAACUGGCCGACUAUGUCCAUUCUAAAGGCUUGAAGCUGGGCAUCUACGCAGACCUUGGCUCUAAGACCUGUGGAGGUUACCCGGGCAGUCUGGGCCAUCAUGAGAUCGAUGCACAGACGUUUGCUGACUGGGAUGUGGAUCUGCUUAAGUAUGAUGGCUGUUAUUUAGAUUGGAAGCUGAUAGGAGAGGGUUACAUGAACAUGUCAAAGGCUCUUAACAAAACAGGAAAAAUAAUUCUUUACUCCUGUGAAUGGCCCUUGUAUGUAUGGCCUUAUGAUAAGCCCGAUUACGCAGCCAUCCGUGAGACCUGUAAUCACUGGCGCAACUAUAAUGAUGUGUAUGACUCAUGGAGCAGUGUAAAGUCCAUUUUGGAUUGGAGCGCUCAACAUCAAGACAUCAUCGUCCCCUCUGCUGGACCAGGAGGCUGGAAUGACCCUGACAUGCUGAUAAUUGGGAACUUUGGCCUAAGUCAUGACCAGCAGGAGUCCCAGAUGGCCUUAUGGGCUAUUAUGGCAGCCCCUCUGAUCAUGUCCAAUGACCUGAGAGAUAUUUGCCCACGGUCAAAAGCACUGCUACAGAACAAAUACAUCAUAGCCAUCAAUCAGGACUCUUUGGGCAAACAAGGGUACCGGACUAGCAAGGGAAGUGACUUUGAAGUAUGGGAGAGGCCAUUGUCUAAGAACAGAUUGGCCAUGGCAGUGAUGAACCGUCAGGAGAUUGGUGGUGCUCGUCGCUUCUUCCUUGCAGUAGCUCCGGGCUGGAAGUACUGUAAUCCUAAAUGUAAUGUCACCUUGAUCCUGCCCAAGUACCAGGAAUUGGGGCCUGUGCCUCUCAAGAGUGACCUGAUGUUGCCUGUGAACCCUUCCGGCACCAUUCUGCUGACGCUCACUCCUCUCGCCUCACAGGACCACAAACUCCGCUGGAAAAGCACCUUGUAAAUGAAAGUUAUUUUUAUAUUGCACUUUAACAAGAUUUCCAUUAUUAGUGCACUUUAUAAGAUUUUUGUUUGUUGCGAAUUUCUUAAUCUGACUGGUACCUUUUAAUAAACUGGACAAAUACAUUUUUAAAUUCAA